UAGACCACGCCCCUUCAGUUACUCACACAUCGACAUGGCGGCGCACGGAACGAUGAGUCGAAGCAGGAGGCAUAUUUGUGCUCUUUCUUGGCUAAUUUUCGUCCAGCUAUUUGCCUCGCAGUGCCUGUCAAUUCCGAUAAAAGAUUUGACGACAGUGUCUGCAAACACUAAUCAGGAGAAUGGUGCACCUGAAACUCUUUCUUUGACAACUAUAAACAAGGACGACCCAAAGCCUUCGACCCCUGAUCAGAAUCCAGCAACUCCAACAGGUCCCAAGAAUUCAGAAACUCCAACAGGUCCCAAGAAUUCAGAAACUCCAACGGUUCCCAAGAAUUCAGAAACUCCAACGGGUCCCAAGAAUCCAGAAACUUCAACAACCCCCGAAGAUCCAGCCCCCUCUACAGGUCUCAAUAAUUCAGAAACUCCAGCGGUUCCCAAGAUUCCAGAUAUUUCGACAGGUUCCAAGAACCCUGUAUCACCUGCUGGCAACGACCCCACAACAACAGCAACAAUAAAGGCUUCUGCUGACAUCACAUUGACGACAGCCAUUCAAUCAAAAACAUCUAAAGGGAGCCAGGGACAGCAUCCAAUGACCAUAAUGUCUGAUUCUGAUCAGGAGAAAGCCAUGAGCAAUGCCAGCAAUGAAAAUACAACACCAGUAAAGGAUAACGUAAACUCAGCAAAAGUCAAGGCAACGGAAACUGAAGUUGUUGGUAAAACAAUAGCCUCAACUCAAGCGGCUCCAGCCACUUCCACCAAAGCCCCUGAACUAACUGAACUUGGGAUAGAUGAGCUGGAUGUACCUGGCUUUCACUCCAAACUCUCUGAUGCUCUGGAUCAGCCCACAAUGCAGGACCCUAACCCAGACCUGCUGGAGACCACCGAUAAUGGACCACGGAGUUACACAGAUGAUGACGAUGAUGAAGACGGUAACUACGGAGAUGGAGACGAUGGAGACAACAUGUAUGAAAAUAACAUCAGCUUCAAGGACCAGAAUGAGAAUAACCUGCAGCCACCAAAGGGGAUUCUUGAAACACACUUAAAUGAAUCUGACGGCUACAACACAGAGGAUACAGACUCCCACUUCUUCUUUCAUCUGGUCAUCUUGGCUUUCUUGGUGGCGAUCGUUUACAUCACCUAUCAUAACAAGAGGAAGAUCUUCCUCCUGGCUCAAAGCCGGCGCUGGAAGGACGGGCUGUGUUCACGAAACACUGUGGAGUAUCACCGCCUGGACCAGAAUGUCAACGAGGCCAUGCCGUCCCUCAAGAUGACCCGAGACUACAUCUUUUGAUCCACAUUCAGAAGAAAAACAUGUCCAGACCUGAGGAGAGCUAGCUGGCCUUACUGACUUGCAGGUCGUCUUGUAGGGAUGCUGUGCUUGGAGCAUGGUUGAUGCUUUUCUUGCUUUAUGGUCUACCUUCAGAGCGAGGGCUGCUUUAUGGAAUAGAAUUUGUUCGUUAAGGACCUUUUUUUUUUGUCUGCAUAGGGAGAUUUUAACUGUUUGUCUGUCUUUCUUAUUUGUUAUAAGUUUUAUUUUUAAUUUGAUAUUUUUCUAGAUUAAUAACUUCUUGGAAUUUAUAACUUAUGCUCUAUUGGUGUGUUUUUUCUUCUUCAAAUUUCAGCCUUAAGUUCCACUGACGCCUUGGUUAUGUUUUUCCUCUUGGUCUUUACAUGUCAAAUACUAUAAGAAUAGAAAAUUAGUUUAUAUAACAAUGGUGAUAUUAUAAUGCUUUUUGUUUUUAUCAUUUACCUUGACUUUAAUAAUUAGUUUCUGUCUCCAGCAGUUUUCCAAGAUUUGAAUCACACAACAAUCAUUUGCUUAUAAAGCACUUGUUGGUUUAUGAAUAUUUUUUUAAAGGUUAGAGAAUGAGAAAGUUCAUACAUAUUGUUCAGUCCUUCUGGAAGCUGUGAAUAAAGGGGCUGGUCAUAAAACAUAGAACUGUACAAUUACAACAUUGAAAAUUUGGGAAAACAGUUUGGAUAGAUAAAGUAGAAAUGUUCCCUUAUUGUUUCGUAUAUCAAAAAUCAGACAUCAGAAUCAUUUUUCUCUAAAAUUUUGAAAUUUGAGUUUCAACCUUUGCAAAAAUAAAUAGCCUAUAAAUUUGAUUUCAAUUUAUCUAAAGGAUUUGAUAUCCUUUUAUCAUGUCUGGAAAUGAAGUCAAGAAGGAUGAAGGGUCAGCAUUUUUCUGCAGAGACAACCCUAGUGUUGUCCUAGUGAGAUUUUCCACUGGGACCAUAAAAAAGUCUAUCUUCUACCUUUCAGGUGGGGGGUCAGUUUCUAUGCUAAUGCCAUUCAAAUGGAGACAAAGUAGAAUUGUUAAGGUGGGAAUUUGCUUAUACAGUCUAUGGGAGAUAUUGUCUGCCUUUUUUUAUUCUUUUUUUUUGACUUAGUGGUCCUGUACCUUUUCUUCUGUCCAGAUUUUGCCAUGCAGAAAUCUUUGGGCAGGCCCCCUUUGUUUUAUGACUUCGGUGAAGUCUCUGUCAAUCAUUUGAAGUUGUCAUUGUGGCACAAUUUGACAUUAUUUAACAUUUGAAUUACUAUAACCGUCUGUCAGGGAACAGUCUGGUGAACUGGUAUCUCUGUUCAUGAAAGGUUUUGCAUGCUCUGUGUGGCCUAAUGUUCAAAGGAGCACCGAAAAAAAAAAACAACAACCAAGACAUAAAGGAGCAGUUCACGUUUUUAUUCCUUUUUAUUUUCAUACUCAUGACUCUUGACUAUCAAUCCAACACCCAGAUUUUUUUUUCUUCAUGUUGCGGUCACAUGCUUUCAGUUGAAAUGUCAUAACUGCAUUGCACUUGUUAUUUUCUGCUGUCUUGUUUGUAAACAGUACACAUAGGGGGAAGGCUGACAGAUUGACACUGUGCUGUUCAGUUAUACAGUAGUAGAACAAUGGCUGAGGUGUUGUCCUGUGGUGACGUGAUGGAUCAGCACUGCUCUUGCAAUCAACAGUAGAAACUGUACAAUCUCUUUUUGUCAGUAAAGCACAAAUUGUGUACAGAAUUCUGUCUUUGAUUAUUUUGAUUAAGGGUUUCAUGUUUGACUUUCUCAGUGAUACAUUAAAGGUUAUUCUAUUCA